GAUUGAUUGAUGGAUCGAUUGAUGUGAUGGUGACUGUUGGCAUCCCACAAAAUCAAAGCCCCACAAUCUGAACAAACAGAUCGAUCGGGAACAAACACAAUCGAAACGCAAACAGCACCCGCGUUUUGCUUUCGUCUUGGACCUCAAAGAUUGGUCCACGAUGUGAAAAGGCAAGGCAUACUACUGUCCUAACUGUCCAAUUUUGUACCGCAACAAGAAAAAAAUGUCCGAUGCAAGUAGCUCGUUCACCGCGGAUAAAAAAAAACUUGACUCGGUGAAUCACCUCCUGCUCCGUCUGCAGCAGCAGCAGAAUCAUUCCCCAGAGAAGGAUGACAAAAGCGGUUCGCCUCGGGUCCUCUCCACAAUCCGAGCGACGGUUGCAGAGMAGCAAGGAAAUGGCAAUGGAAAUGGCAACGGCGACGGCAACAUCGAUGGCGAUGGCGAUACGAACGAAUCCGAACCCGGAAUAUUCGUGACCGCGGACCGAGAUCUCGCGGAAGGGACCGGCAUCCUGUCGUGUUUUUCGGAAGGCUUUGUAAUGAAAGGCCCGGAAGACCGGAGCAACUACUGUUCCUACUGCUGCGCCCGAAGAGGGAAGGGGUUUUCGGUGUGUCCUUCCUGCCGGGACCCAUUCGGGAACCCGUUCGUGGGAUACUGUCCGGACUGCGAAGGCCUGCACCGGGCGCGGCACGUCGAGCGUCCGCUGGAAUGCCUGGCGGUUCGGUGCCUGGUGGCCUCCCUCACGGAGCCGCGCGGGAACGGCGAACCGGCCCUCUCCCCCGAGGAGGACGCCACCAACCAAGCGAUCGGGGCCGUCUUUGGGUCGUCGGCGGCGCUCCUGGCGCUCCGCCUCGUUUCGAUGCACCGAAACGGUGCGCUGCCAUCCCCCCCGAACCAAGGGGGUGGUGGUGGUGGUCCGCCGGCUUGUCCUCCUCCCCGCGACGACGAUCUCUGGGAGGACCUCUCGCUCCUCCACGAGCACUCCCUUCCGCUGCUGGAGGGUCCCUACGAGAGCAUCGCGGUGGUUCUGGCGGGGGCCCUGGACGCGGCCCGGUCUGCCAGCGGCACCGGUUGCGGAAACGGGCCGCUCUUCACAAAGGACCUGGUGCGGUCGGCCCUUGGGAGGGUUCUGGGGUGCUCGCACGCGAUCGUCGACCCCUCCCUCCCGCUCGGACGGCAGAGCCUGGGCCGGGCCAUCUUCGCCGGGCAUUCCUUUUACAACCAUUCCUGCGUGCCAAACGCGUAUCUGUCCUCCUUCUCGUCGUCUUCCGUGCCGGCACCCGAAGCAGCCGUCCGGCGCGUCGGCAGGAGAGGGUUGUGCGCAAGGGUCCACCUGCUGCGGUCGGUCCGCAAGGGGGAAGAAAUCACGCUCAGCUACCUGCCGCUCUCGGGACUCUCGACCCAAGAACGACGGGAGAGACUGAGACAAAGCUACGGAUUUUGGUGCCGGUGCCGGGCUUGCCUUCGGCCAGCGGAGGCCCGGGAAUCUAUCAAAAACGAAAAAGGAAACGACGGGAAACUUCGGGAAAAGAACACCGGCGAUCGAUUGACGCUCCCACAAAGCUACGACUACGACGGUGUCGGAGCGUCACCGAUCGACGCGAUCCGGGAGAUCCAGUUCGGUCUGAACGACCGGCUCCUGGAGCUGGGGCGCGGGAUCACCCGGUCAGCAACCGCAGCGGGAACCACUACCACGGCAGCCGCGGUGGUCUCGCCGGAGGCGAAGGAACACGAAGAAUCCCUGCAGGAAAUCCUGGGGGUGAUCGCCAUGACCGAGCGGGGGAUCCAGAACCAAAACCUGCCCGAGUCCCACGAGGUGAGCAUCGAGUCCGACCGCCUCGCCGCGGCGGCCCUGGAUGCCGUGCUGAUGCUUCGGCAGAGGAACAAACGCCAAUGCGGAGGCACCACCGACUCCACCACCACCCAGCAACCCCGACUCGGUGACGGCAAAACCGAGGGCGAAGACAACACCAAAAACGAGGAGGGGGAUCCGUGCCCGGAUUCCUCCCUCACCACGGAACUCUCGGCCGAAUCCAGGGAUCGCCACCUGCGCUUCUUUCGGAAGGUUUCGGCGAUACGGCAGCUCUUCGAUCCGGUGGCGCUCGGCACGCAGCACCUGGAGAACGCUUCGAGCAUCCUCCUCCGCCGCGGCGAGCACGGCAGGGACCGGCGGCUCCACGGGGACGACGCGGGGGUGGAGCGAGACCGCGGKCUAAGGCUGUUGGCAACGAGCCUCGGUCGGGACCACCCCUGGGUCCGGUCGCUGCUUGCCGAGAACGCGGCGGGGGGGGGAGUCCCCCGCUGCUCCGAUCGGAGCCGAACGGCCAGCGGCGAAAGCGAAACCAACGAACCGGCGGCCGCGAAGCGGCAACGGAUGGGUCGGCCAACGGCCCGAGACAAUCCGCAGUGAUGCGGGGAAAGGGGUUCCGGGAGCGGCAGCGCGGGCGUGGCAAUCGGUUUKGAUGGGACCUUCCGUCCCCUUUCGCACAAAGAAAUCGUAUCAUAAACUCGAAUCAUUCUACAGCAAGCACCAAAAAUUCCCGAGAUGAGAUGAAAAACCACGAUAGCAAACAGAUACAACAGAACACAAUCGUCUAUGUAUGAUUAGGCUCGAAACAGCGGAACGCCAUAAACGAGAGACAGAUUCCGCAUGAUUCGCAACCGGUAGACAACAACUCUGUACCGACGAGUCUGGUGUUGCCGUUCAUCAAAUUAAUUGUAUAGGGUAAU